GUUGCUGCUUCGUCGCGAUACGUGUGCAGCGAUGCCGCGUAAUCUAAUCUCGUUCUCAUCAUUCACAAGAUUAAUCACGCAAACACCUAUGAGUAUAUAUUAUACGAAUCAAAAGUUUACUGUUACGCCCUGGUUUUUCUUGUAUUACACAUUUAUAAUAAGUAAUAAGUACCAAGCUGGUGAUUUCACUCGUGUUUUUUUGCGCUCAACUUUUGCAUUUGACCAACAGCUGUUUUCCGACAAAAGAAAAAGCUCAUCGAAAAGACAAAAUGGUCACAAUCGGAGCAGUCACCGCGAUAUUAUUGGCACUAUUAGUCACGGGCCCUUCGUUAACCGAGUCCUACCGAAUCCUCGCGGUAUUUCCCUUCAAUGGAAAAAGCCACGAUGUCGUGCUGGACGCGAUAGCCCAAGGACUGGCGAAACGCGGCCACCAAGUUGAUGUGGUGACCCACUUCCCACCGAAAAAUCCACCCGACAACUACAAAGUUUUGGUCGACUUGAGGGGUACCAUUGAGGAGACGAUCAACAACUUCACGCUGGACUUUGCGAGAUCGUUAUCUGGACAACUGACGGAUUACAUUGCCGGCAAAUUUGGCAACGAAUUGUGCGAGCUGCUGGCUCUGGAUGGAAUACAAAAAAUUGUCAAAAAUCCACCCAAGGAUCCACCCUACGAUCUUGUGGUUGUACAUGCAUACGGAGCAAAUUGUUUCUUUGGUAUCGGCCACGUCUUAAAAGUGCCGGUAGUCGCCGUAUCGGCUUCGAUAGAAUUUCCGUGGAUGAGCUACUUCAUUGGUAACGACGACAACCUCGCCUAUGCUGCUAAUAUUUACACCAACAAGUAUGACGCCAACAAUUUUUGGGAUCGAAUGAAAAAUAUGUACAAGCAUUACAACAACCUGUACAAAUUCCACUCGCUGACGGAUGAACCUCAAACCACCGCGAUGAGAAAGUAUUUGGAUCCAAACAUGCCGAGUAUACGAGACAUCGAGAGGAGCAUAGCUUUGACUAUAAUAAACCGGCAUCCGGCGAUCCAUGGCCCUAAACCUGUUGUCUCGUCGAUGAUCGAAGUCAGUGGCUUGCACAUCGAGGACAAUCCAGAGCUACCAACGGAUCUGAAAAAAUGGUUGGACGAGGCCGAGGAUGGAGUUGUUUACUUUAGUUUUGGUUCGAUGGUGCUUAUCGAAACACUGCCUACCGAUGUGCUUUUGGGCAUUUACGAGGCCAUCUCGAGACUGGAUCAUCUAAAGUUUCUCAUAAAAGUGGCAGAUGACAAAAAGUUGCCUCCAGGUCUGCCGGACAAUGUUCUGACUCGUCCUUGGAUUCCGCAGCAAGCAGUUUUGAGUCAUAAAAACGUUCGAUUGUUUUUGACCCACACCGGCUUGAUGAGUUCCCAAGAGUCGAUACACUACGGAGUGCCGAUCAUCGGUGUUCCACUGUUUUGCGAUCAGUGGCGAAACAUUCGAGUUCUCGUCGAACGGGGGAUGGCCAUUCAGCUCAACUACAACAAUUUGACGGCCGAUUCGGUUUACUGGGCGAUCGAAGAAAUCUUGACCAACGGAGAUUACAAAUCGAACGCCGUACGUCUUUCCAAGUUAUUCAAGGAUGUUCCGAUGAAGCCCAUAAACAAGGCCAUAUUUUGGAUCGAGUACGUUAUUCGCAACGGGCCGUUGGUGUUGAGGUCACCGGCACUGGACUUGCAUUGGUGGCAAUUGGCGCACCUCGACAUGGUUGGAGUUGCGUUGCUGGUCAUUAUUUUUUCACUCGUAGCUGCGUACUAUCUUACGAAAUUGCAGUUAAUGAUAUUUUCACAUAAACCUUCGAAAAAAGAAAAACCAAAGACUGUGAAACCAAGGGAGAAGAAAGUGAAGAAGGUUCGCUGAUAAUAUUUUUUAAUUGUGAAGAAAACUAUCAUUAACUGUAGAUGUAUGAAUUUCACACUGGCAAUCACCGUAGGGGAUCACUAUUUACGUAAGCUUUGAAAAAUCAUUCGAGACACAAGUACCUGCAUAAUUAUUUUUUUUAUCCAUAAAUUUGUUGACAGUUGCGAAGAAAAAGACGCGGAAACUAUACACAUAAAUCAACCUGAUCUCUGCUAAAGAAAACAUGGCCUUAAAAUAAAUGAACAAAAAAAAAAGAAAAACAAAAAAACGAAUGGUACUUAAAAUUCAGAGAUUUCGUUACAAAGAAAAAAACUCAACAACCCACGACUCUCGUAUGUAUUAACAACCGAUCUUGUAUGGUCCCAUGCAUAAUUUAAACAUUAGUAUGUUUAAUUUUAAUAAUAAAAAAAAAAAAAAAAAAAAACA